UGAAUGUGUGCUCAGAACUAGUUAAGUUUGUGCUAUGUCUGGUAAUGGCGCUUUGGGUAACCAGGAAAGAACCGGCCACUAGCACAAGCCAGAGACCUGCUAUGAAUACUUUAGUGAAGAAUACCAGUUCUGGUAAUGUAUGUGAAACAAUUCCCCCCCCCCUCUUUUUUUUCUUUUUAACAUGCUGUAUAUAGUGGGCUUAUAAUUGGGGAUGCCACACAUUUUACUUUCUACUCGUAAAUGUUUUGAAAGUGUUUUAAACUUUAAAUUAGCAGUAUUUUAGUUUAAUAUAUUUAUCUCUAAUUGUUACAAAUGUUUUUAAGUUAUAGUUACUUUUUUAUCAUUCUCAAAACCUGCUUUGGGAGAAAGGGGGAAUAGAAAUGACACAAAUAAAGAAGAAUAAAGGAAAAACCAUGACUUCCUUGGUAAAAGCAGAAGUAGGUCUGAAUCCCUUUUAAGCCAUUCUUUCCCUUUUGGUUCCUUAAUAUUUUAAAAACAGUAACAGUAAUUUCUCUCUUGCUUCCAUGUUAUUUUGAAUUUGCUUCUUCCUGCCUGGGAUUGAAGUAGGAGGGCACUCACAUAGUGGAUUUGGCUGCAGCUCCUGGAGGCAACUGUGUAGCUACAUUAAGUGGUCAAUUCCUGCCUUCCUUUAUUUUCUGGAUAACCUUAUUGUCUUCUAUGUGCUGUCCUAUCUUGCACCAGCCAUGGCUGUGCUGUUCUCAAAUUUUGUCAUCAUCACAACAGCGCUCCUAUUCCGAAUAGUGCUAAAGCGACAGGUCUCCUGGGUGCAAUGGGCCUCUCUGCUGAUCCUGUUCCUGUCUAUUGUAGCCCUGACAGCUGGGACAGGAAGUGACAAGCAUAGCUUAGCCAUGCAUGGCUUUCAUCAUAACAUCUUUUUCAGCCACUCAAACAGCUGCCUCCAGUACACCAAACCAGAGGAGGAGUGCUGGGGGAAGGAGAACUGUACCACCUGGUGGCCCUUCCCUAGUGUCAGCUGGAAUGUCACCACUGCCGCAGGAGCCUCUAGAACUGUUCGCCUCGGCCUGGGACACCUGCUCAUCCUGGUGCAGUGCUUUAUCUCUGCCUUAGCCAACAUUUACAACGAAAAGAUUUUGAAGGAAGGAGGCCAGUUCAGUGAAAACAUCUUUGUGCAGAACACCAAGCUGUACCUCUUUGGAGCUAUGUUCAAUGGCUUGAUGUUGAGUCUGAGCCCAGAAAACCGGCGUCGCAUAGAGUAUUGCGGCUUCUUCUAUGGCCACAAUACCUUCUCUGUGGCCCUUAUCUUUGUCACUGCCUUCUUGGGACUUUCAGUGGCUUUCAUCUUGAAGUUCCGAGACAACAUGUUCCAUGUCCUGACGGCACAGGUUACGACUGUAAUCAUCACUACUGUCUCUGUCUUUGUUUUUGACUUCAAGCCUUCCCUGGAUUUCUUUUUGGAAGCUCCUGUUGUGCUUUUGUCUAUAUUCAUCUACCAUUCCAGCAGCCCUCGAUGCGUAGAAUAUACUGCGCAGUGGGAAAGGAGCAAACCUGGCGGAGGGGCAUGGGAGCGCUCUAGCGGGGAUGGAGAAGAACUUGAGAGACUUAAUAAGCCAGACAGUGAUCACGAUUCGGAGGAGGAGGCCUUAUAGGAUGGAUUGGGAUUCUUGAAGUCCAAACAUCUCUUGUCAAGAGAAUAAUGUUUACAUUCCAAAAGGUGGAGCUUCUGAACCUUUUCCAGCACAUACGGAUAGGAGUUUUUUUCCCCAUUUUAAAUUAAGGUGGGAUUUUUAUUGUUCUUCAUCAAGCUAUGCUGGACAGUGUAUUAAGUUAGUAACUGAUUUAAGAGAGGAUUAGUCAUGUUAAUGGAGGAUCGGGAUCUAUGAGGCUAUAGAUAACAAUAUAUGAUGCUUGUAUGAUAAAAAAAAGCAUACCUUUCAAUACUACUGCCUGGGGAAUACUUUUGAAACAGUACUCUUGCCCUCAUGUCCUGCUUGUGAUCUUUCCAUCUGCUUGGCCAUUGUGGUAGGCCUUUGGUCUGGUCCAGCUGGAUUUCUUUUUAGGUACUCAGUCCCAUCGAAAUGAAGCUUUUCUGUAGCCAGGGAACGACUGGCAUAAUAUGGGAUUCAGGACAGUUUGAAUGCAGAGAUGGACCUGGAAGUAUCACACCGAGCUGUCUAUGAUAAGACUGCUGAUUCUAUUAUAAAGAGAUGCAAAUGCUACUGAUGGUAAAAAAGAUACCUCAGCUGAAUGCUGAUGUGAAGAAUAGAUCGACUUGUGAAAGCUGACAGAACAUUCCCAAAGUACAUCCUUCAAACUGUGUAUGAAUUGUAUGCCAUAAGCAUACAUUCACAUGGAUAAAGCAAUGACUUAUACUGUACAGUAUAUUGAAAGUGCUUUAUACAGUAAGCAUUGCCAAAUAUGUCUUUGCCACUGUGUGCAUAUGCUGCAGGAAGCCAUUGUCAUGGUUUCUGGAUGUGAAUACCUCUGUGAUACCCAUAGUAAAAAAUAUGUAUUUAUUGUUUGCACGGUUAUGUUUUUAAAAAUACAAAUAAAUUGUUUAAAUGAAGCAGCUUAAAAAUGUUGCAUAUCACUGCUUUGGAUGCAGUCACAGUAUAUUUACUAAGACCCUUACAAAUUCUUCUUGAGAGGGACUGCUGGCAUUACAUUAAAUAUUAGUCUUCUGUUUACUUGAGCUUGAAUGCCACUACUAGGACAUCUUUAGUUUUUCUUAUGUAAGACCAAAAGAUUUCCUCUCCCCCUUUUAUCACAAAUUGCAAGACAAAUACUUAGGAAAAUUAUGUACAGAGGUGCAUUUUUGUAAUGUUUGAAUAUUGAAUCCUGUGCAUCUUCUGCUAUUUCACUCUGAUACUUCUAGCCCAAACACCCUUUCGUUUAAAAAAAAAAGAUGAUGGGGGAAGAAAUACUGUUUGUAUCUGUCUUCUAAACAUAUUGUGAGACCAAAUACUUGAAAAUAUUGUGACAAACACUCCGGUACUGUGACAAAGCUGGGUGCUACUACUAAUUGCACAGAAGAUCGUACGCAUUUUUGUUCUGAGGUUUUGAGAAAGUCCAGUUUCAUUGGGCAGCUUUGAGCCUUCUGUGACAUGCCUGCAACACUAGGACCUGUCUAAAAAGAACAUAUUUUUAAACUUUGUGGUUUUAUCUGAGCAGUCUUUCUUCAAAAAAGAAGAAGAAGAAGAAGAAGGACUUGCCACUUCAGGUGUAAUAGUAAUUUCAGAACAAGUAUGGUUUGUAUUGACAGUAGGCUGCAUUGUGCUUUAACUUUUUGUUUAUGCGUGGGAUUGUCUUGCUAAUUGUUGAAGUCUUUUCCAGUGUUUGCUGAUGUAACAGAAUGUGAAGUCCCUGAGGAAAUACGUUAUUUAAGUGUGGUUGUUGAUGAAUUUGACCUGUCUGUCUUCCGGCAUGCAGGAUUUAACUCAUAUAUGGGACCCCUGUAUGUGCUGAGAUAGAAUUGUUUUGCAGUCCAGGUUAGUAUGCCACAAAGUCAAAUAAAGUGCCAGGUAAAUGGA